CUUGAGUUGCUCGAGUAUGUAACAUCGAUGCAUCGAUAAUUCGACUCCUCGAGCCUCGAUGACUACUCAUGGCAGUCAAGCUGAUGAUGACUCUCGAUCUGUUGGAGGCUGUCUUGCCGGAUCUUGGUAACCGUCUGCUACAUAUAUACACCCUAAAACUAAAUACACAUAGCAACCAACCAUUGAGGAAACUGUCAACUUUUCCUACAGCUCUCCAUGUUUCCUGAUCUCGGAAACCAACUGGACAACUGAUUGUGACUCCGGCCUGCCAUAUUGAAGGAUCGACUUCGAAGUUGCGUUCAAAAACAUCCAUCAUCUCAAACAGAAUAACACGAUUCCUCUCUUUUCAUCUUGGUCUUACCUCUCUCUCAAAAUCCCACAAGCAAGCUAUGGUCAAUCAAGCCCCAAAACACCACCAGCGACCUCGAAGCAGGGUCUCGACCGCUCAAACUCGCUCAACUAGCUAUUCAUCAUCCAUCAGAAGCAUAUCCGAGUCGAGGGGCUGGUUGAUCGGCUUCAGUUUUGCUGUGAUCGCCAUCCUAUUCUCUCAAGAGAUUUCCGAUUAUAUUCACUCUAACGAUCAAAAUCACAUCCUCAAGCAGUACUCAUCACAACGUGCCCCAAACGUAUCGGCCUGGAAGGUCGUUCCGAUGUCCAACCGAGGAGGCGGCUAUGGGGUUAUCGCAACAAGACAGAUCCUACCUGGAGAACUGAUCAUGAAAGAAGCACCGCUGGUCAAGAUCAAACUCGGCCCAACUACGCUUGGAAGAGCAAGUCGUAAAGUAGAACGAGCCGUCCAAGAGCUCAGCGGAGAAGAUCGUAAUCGUUUCUUAGGUCUCUCGAACGUUUGGGAAAAUCGCAGCGAAAUCGGAUUAAACAAACAUUCAGGGAUCUUUCAAACAAACAGUAUGAGCUCAGGUCGUGGUUAUAUGUCCAUCUUUCCUUCUAUCUCUCGUCUAAAUCAUGCAUGUACCGGGGCCGUCAAUGCGGUCUAUAACUGGAGAGAGAAUGAAGGACGAGAGGUAGUACAUGUGACAAAAGUAAUCGAACCUGAAGAAGAAAUCUUUAUAACUUACUUUGACUCCAAAUUGCCGCGGAAUGACAGACAAUCUUUCCUUCAUCAAACUUAUGGAUUUAAUUGUACAUGUACGAUUUGUUCACUUGAUUCACAUCGGGUACAAGAGUCGGAUCAUCGUAUCACUCGGAUUAACUCUUUGAAGGCAACCCUCAGUGCAUGGAGUGCUGGAUCCAUUGGAGGGGCAGAAGCAGUUCAAUUAAUUGAAGAUGCAAUUGAUUUGAUGACUCAGGAAGGCAUGACAUAUGAGUUUGGUCAGUUAUACGCUGAUGCCGCCCAUAUUGCGGUGUCGCAUUCCGAUUUCCAAAGUGCUCGAAAAUAUGCCUCGCUUGCAGCCAAGCACUUCAGCAUCGAAUUAGGCCCAGACAGCGUAGAGGUAGCUGUUGCAAAUCAAAUCUUCAAGAAUCCAACUUCGUCGAAUGUCUGGGCAACUCGGCUCCAAGAAACUGUUCGAAAAUGAGUCAUACUCAAAGGAGGCCACUUGAACCAAAGUGGACAUCCUUUUACAAGGGUAGAUGGUACUGUUCCAUGCAACCUGGCUUGGCUUCGUUCAGAAGUAAAAUUCACCAAAAAAAAAAUCAUCAAGUUCCUACUCCCUUCUACCCUACUUCGGGACUCAGGAUCUGCACUUUUCAUGCAUAAACGAUAGUCAUAGACAAUAAGGAUAAGUACCUGCGAUACUAUUGUAACAUUUAAUAUUUAUGUGUACUUCUAGAUCUCCAAAUUCAAAUCGUGAAAUAAGACAUGUUUCUCGCC